AUGUGGAGCUAUGUGUCGGCGUCCGCGCCUCGGAAGGCCGUCGAUUUGUUUCAAGAGAUUGACAGCCCAAACGUGGAAUGCUUUACCACGCUCGCGAAGGCGUACUCCAUCAUGCGCAAGCCAGACCAGGCAAUCGCUAUCAUUCCGAAAAUGCGGAGACAGGGUGUACAGCCGAACAUACGGACGUACAAUGCCCUCAUUGCGAGCUGCGUGCGCGGCGGCAAGCUGGCAAAGGCUCGGCAGUUGUUUUCGGAGAUGCUGGUCGAUGAGAUACGCCCGAACGCUGUUUCGUGGAACAUUAUCAUCAAUUGGCAUGUCCAGCAAAACUCUGGGCCCAAGAGACUCGCCGAUGCACUCCAGGCUUUUUCAGACAUGAAGGCGAGCGGCGUGUCGCCUACUGUUGUUACUUUCACUACAAUUAUGAAGGCAUAUGCGAAGAGCGGCCUGCUGAACAAGGCUGAGGAGGUCUUUGCAGAAAUUAAGCAGAGCCUUCCCGUCAAGGUCGACACCAAUGUCUACAACACCCUGCUAAGCGCGUAUGCGUCCAAACUUGAUUGGCGACGCUGUCUGGAGCUGUUGGAUGAGAUGGACGGCUUUUAUGUCUCAGAUGGCCUGUCGUUGACGGGAAGACUUGGUCGCGAGGGGGAAAAUGACGACGUGAAAAGUGUCCCGAGUCACAGCCAGUCGUUCUCCACACGUCGACCGUGGUUGAGUGACGAUGAAGAGGGAGAGAGUUUUGGGAGUGGGAGUUCACAAGGAAUACCCUUCAGCGCCCGUCUUCCUGACCUAGAUGAUGAGCACGAAAGGUGCAAACCAGAUGAAAUCAGCUAUUCUCUGGCGGUUAAAGCUUGCGCAUCCGCGGGCCGCCCAGAUAUAGCCAGGGAACUUUUUGAUGAGAUGAUGGAACGAGGUUUCUACCCCCCACCAAGCCCAGCUGUGGUCUCAUUGAUGGCAGGAUACGCGAAGAUUGGAAACCUAAGUGAGAGCUUUGCCAUUUUGAAAAGCUUAAAGUCUUGGGGGGUGUUUCCGGAAGAGAGAAUGCUAAGCUCGCUCAUGCAUGGCUGCCUGAUGGCUGACCAGCCAUCACUGGCGCUCUCCGUGUAUGCCAAAUUCAAGUCUGCAAAGUAUUCUGCGGAUGUCGUCACUCACACCCUGCUGCUGAAGUCAUACGGUAUGUUGGGAGAGCUGGACAAAGCCUUCAAUGUAUUGAAAGGUAUGAAAAGUUCAGAUCGCGUUGCGCAACCUAAUAUUGUGACAUACAACACUCUGAUAGAGAUUUGUCUGCGAAGUGGGAGGCGCGAUUUUGCAUUGAAAGCGCUUGAUCUCUUGUUGGAAGACAAGCGCGCCGUGCGUGCCAUAGAUCGCAACACAUUCGCCGCUCUCUCAGUGCCUGUCCUGGAUGACUAUGACUCCGCCGCUGAGAAAAGUAGUGGACUCGGCGGUAUUGGUGAACCUGCUUUGUAUGGAACCGACCUGAAGGAUGGGAAAGACAGGCCAUUGGCUAAUAUCGAAAUCGACCCGCAGAGAGACCUAGAGUACUUUGUGGAUGUGCUGAAGAAAAUUCGAAACGGGCCAGCCUACCCCAGUGGGACAUUCUACAGAGCGUUUUUGAUUACUUGUGAAGCAUGCGAGGAGUGGGAUCUCGGAGCUCGGCUGGUGAAGGAAAGAGAGAUGGGAGAUUUUGUCGUCGGGAAGCGCGACCGUAAGAUGAUCCGAGCACUAGAGGACGCAUUUCGAGCUAGGUCAGUCUCUGCGACUUGAUCUUAGAGACCCCCCCAAAUGUGUGGGUAGUGGAUUAGCCUGUCGCCUAUCUGGUGGUGUGGUGUGAUACUGUAGUAGAAAAUGUGAAGUCUACUGGUGUCGCAAUGGUGGUUGUUCAGAGCCAGGCAAAACCAUGGCCCGACAGGAGACGCCUAUGAAUGGCUGAGUUUGGCGCCUGUUGACAUAUUUAUCGUAGAUCUUUAAACUAUCGUAGUUGACGUACAAUAGAGACCCUUAAAUCUCUGCUGCUCCCUCCCUCG